AUGCCACGAAAAGGCCAAGAAGGCGGCGAUAUUAUUCUAUCACCGAAAGAGCAGCAAACUUCUCAAGCUCAAUGGAUAAAUGAUGAGACUGAGAAAAAGGAUGAGACUGGUCGAAAUGGUGAUGAUUUGCUAGUCAAAAAUGGUGGGGGGAACAACACACUUCAACAACCGACUACUCCAAUUAUGCCAAAAAAGGUAAGUGGUUUUGGGGGGCUCAAAAAUCAACACUUUUUUGUUACUUACCAACAAGGAAGUUCUUAAAGAGGUUCUCUUAAGAAGCGAUAUCUAUCGACAAGUUUCCCCCUUGGAGCUCACUUUCAGAGCCCUCCUCCUUGAUUCUACUUCAAGGUACCUUCUCAGAGCCCUCCCCUCUCCGGUUUACGCCUAGAAAAAAUCCCAAUUUUUAGGUUUCAUUUGCCGCUGAAGUUGAUGAGCAACAAGAUCGGAUAAAUAAAGAAAAUAUGCGGCGAGACGCGUGCUGCACAAUUCAAUAG